AUUUCUCCAAACUUCACACCCCAAAAAAUAAAUAAAAAAAAACCCAAACCCCUUUCAUAUCCUUUCUCUCAAAACACCACCACCAAUGGCAUUUUUACGGCACACCAUAAUAACAAUAACAAACCUCAUUUUACUAUACACCAUAAUCUUGUCACCAUUUCCACAAACACAAUCUCAAUCUGUGACAGAAUCAUCAAUCCAUGAUCUUCUCAAAAGCAAAGGCUUACCAGUUGGGUUAUUCCCAAAAGAAGUUGAAUCAUUCACACUCUAUGAUACAGGUUUGCUUGAAGUGUUUCUUAGAGGACCAUGUUUAACAAAAUUUGACACUAUGGCAUUUUAUGAAAGUACUGUUAGAGCUAAUUUGACAUAUGGUAGUCUUACUAAUGUUGAAGGGCUGUCUCAAGAAGAAUUGUUUCUUUGGUUGCCUGUAAAAGACAUCAUUGUUGAUGAUCCUAAAUCUGGUCUUAUUUUGUUUGACAUUGGUUUGGCACAUAAACAGCUGUCUCUUUCUUUGUUUGAAGAUCCUCCUGACUGUAAAACUGAAGAAGAUGUUGUUUUGAAUUUGAAGAAAAAAUCUAGAAAGGAGAUCGGAUUUAAUGCUCAAAUGUAGGAGUUGAUUUCGCCAACAAGUUUUAACAAAAACUUAUUUUUGAUUUCA